ACUCUUCUUUUUAUCAUCACUAAUUCAUCAUUCUUAUUUCUUAAUCAACAACUUAACCAUGGAUGAAGAGAAGAAGCACCACCACCUUUUUCAUCACAAUAAGGAUGAUGAGGAGUCUUUUGCAGCCUAUCCUGUUGAGGGAACCCAUGAUUACAAGGAAGAUGAGAAGAAACACAAGAAAGAUGAGCACCUUGGUGAAGUAGGUGCUGUGGCUGCAGGGCUCUAUGCAAAGCAUGAGAAGCAUGAGGAAAAGAAGGAUCCAGAGAACGCACACCGCCACAAAUUGGAGGAAGAGAUUGCAGCGACAGCUGCUGUGGGAGCUGGUGGAUAUGCAUUCCACGAGCACCAUGAUAAGAAGGAAGAUGAAAAGGCACAGGACACCAAGAAGCAUCACCAUCUCUUUUAGUUGCCAUGCCUACUUCAAUAAAUACUAUGUGUGCACGUAUUACAUGAAAUAAAAUACAAACUUAAGUAUUAUGUUAUAGGGUUCUCACAUUAAAUAAAGUACAAACUUAUGGAA